AUGUCGACCGCCCCGGUGCGCUUAGCGGGGAAGCCAGCAACAUCCAUCGUCAAUCCCGUGAAGAGAAAGGCAAAUGUGCUGGAAAUGCUCUCGUACGUCCAUAGUCUGGGAAUCGAUCACAUCAGAGAAGCAGAUAUGGUCUGGAUUGCCGAAGAGGCAUACAAUGCAUCCUUGCCUCCCGGCUGGACUGAACAUGAAGAUGAGAAUGGCCGGACCUACUUUUACAACACAAACCGACGGGAGUCCCUUUGGAAGCACCCGCUUGACCAGGAAUUUGUGGAGAUUGCCAACUACUGGAGGAGAGCCAUCAAGGCAGGUGGCUUCUGGGACAUUGAUGAGGAGCUGGCUGAGAUGGAGGAACAGAUUCGGGCUAGCUUGGCUGACUGGAUGGAGCUGUAUGAUGACAGCGGGCACAAGUUCUUUUUCAACCGCAAGACCGAAGAGAGCCUUUUUGACGACCCACGCCACACCACGUAUCAUAGCUUGUAUACACGCAUCAGGUUUGUGAACAUGAUGAAGGAGAAGUUGCCGCUGCUGGCUUUGGCCCCCCGAGCGACAGAUCCCAUCGUCAAUGCAGCAGAGCUGCAGCGCCAGCAGGAGGAAGCUGAGAACAAAGCUAUGAGAUCAGUGACACGCAUGCAGGCAGCUGUGCGGGUUAUGCUUGCAAGGCGAAAAGCCCGACUCCUGUCGGCGAAGCGAUGUUUGAAUCGGGUUCCGCCAGACUUGAAGGGGAAGCUGCGACUCACCGUGCGUACUGCAGUGCCUGGCACUCACGUGAAGGAAUGCGUCUUACAAGUCACUUCCUCACACCGGCGCAAUCGUGCAGCUACACGGAUCCAGGCACAUAUUCGAGGCCUUUUGGCACGGCGUCGAUACAGACCUAUGCGGGACCACCGCCGCUUUUUGAUCCAGAACACCAUCAAGAUUCAGAGAUCUUUGCGCCAUUGGUUGUCUACUUUGGCAGAUGUCAAGGCUGCAAGACAGGCGAGGAUACAGGCUUGCAUCCGGCUCCAGUGCUGGGCACGCUCAAUGGCUGCAAGAAAACUCUAUUCGGAGAAGAUGGGCGCCUAUGCUACGUUUGUGAAAUUGAAGCAGGUCAUCAUCUCGAUUCAGUGUCACAUAAGGCAGUGGAUAGCUAGGAGACGGGUCAAAGAGCUUCGCAGAUUGAAAUACACUUCUUCGGUUCGGUUGCUUCAGCGCCAGAUGAAGGUCUUCAAAGCCAAGGCCGAGCUCAUGCAGCAUUUGCGAAACGAAGAGCCUGUGCAGUUCAUUUUUCAUCUUACUUCUGGACAGAAGGGCAGCAAGAUCUUGCCGUUCGUCUGGAAGUUGGGGAUGCUGCCAGUUGGCGAGGACGGGCUCGUGAUCAAACCCGAGGAGUUCCGCCACCAGCAAUUGCUGGAGAAGAUGCAGCGGAGAAAGAAAAGGUUAGGGAAGAAGGAUGAGGAGGAGGAGGUUGAUGCAGAGCCGCCAAGGCCCAUCGAUCUCUUCUCAAAGGUUGGUGUCGAAUCUCUCUCGGAUGCUGCCGCGACAGUGAUCCAGCAGACAUUUCACGCAACUCAAAGUGGGAAGAAAUGCAGGAGAGCUAUGGGAUGUGCUCGCGAUCUUCUGGACUUCGUGGUAGAUGCUGCUGCCGAUCAACUUGCCACGAGGGCAGCGGCAGCACCCAUCAUUCAGAGCAUGUUUCGGGGGUGGCUGGUUCGGCACAAUGGCAUCAUUGAUCAGAAGAGAAAACUCUACUUCAGCAAGAAGCUUGAAAAGAUUGAGAUAGCGCAAAGCUUCAUGCACCGCUUCAGUAGCCAGCUCUGGCUGAGAGAAUUUAUUCGUGAGAGUUCUGUCCACGAGGCUGCCUCGAAAAUUCAGGCUCACGUACGUGGCAUGCACGCACGGAAAUAUGUGGCACGGCUUGUGGAAGAGGCAGAGUGGCCAGUGAAGGGCUGGUUCGAGUACACAGGUAUGGGUCGUGACUGCGUCCAGAUCAACGUCAAGUUCCUUUCAAAUCCGAGUUUUGACGCCUGGCGCUACUUCCGGAAAUAUGGCAAGCAGCAGACUCUAUUAGAACGGAUCCAAGAGAUGCAGGCUGAGAUUGACAGCUGCCUCCGCGCAUAUUUGGGACCUGCAGAGUACGCUGCCAUGGAGGCGCGGAAAGCUGCCGGACAAGCAGCACAGCGUGCCAAAGCAGAGGCAGAAAGGGAACAACAAGAGGUUUCCGCGAUGUCAGUUGCAGAUCAGGAGUCCUCUGCCAUAGAAGAAGUUGUCAGAGCCGAAGAGGCAGAAGUCCGACAAGCCGAAGAGGAGAGGCUUCUCGAAGAGGAGGGGCUCCGUGAAGAAGGGGAAACUCAGGAAGCAGAAGCUCGAGCUCAAGAAGCUCCAAGGGCUGAAGAGGCUUUGGCCAACUUCAGUGAUGCCGCACAAGCACAUCUGGUUGAGGCAGAAGUCCGACAAGCCGAAGAGGAGAGGCUUCUCGAAGAGGAGGGGCUUCGUGAAGAAGGGGAGGCUCAGGAAGCAGCUCCAGCUGAAGAAGCUCGAAGGGCUGAAGAGGUGGUUGAAAACUCUGCCCAGCCACAAGAUUUAGCCCAUCCAGGGGAACAGGAGGUCUCACAGCAAAGCUUGCAGAGAAAGGAGUCCCUGGAUGACUUGCUUGCCCCAUCAACUCUGGACCUUCCAGGGGGAUGGGAGGCCGUUUGGUCAGACGAGCAUGAGGCCUACUACUUCUGGCACAUGCCUACGGACACGGUUCAGUGGGACCCUCCAGAUCCAGCAUCUCCUGUCCGACCAGGGGCAUCAUUGGAGGUGCCUCCGCAAAAUGAGCUCCACAAGGACCCCGAAGGUAAGGGCUCAGCGCACGGGGUUUUGUCUGCUGCUGCUGCCAGCCUGGAGCACUAUGCCAGGCUUUCACACGGUUCUGGAACUCAUCGAAGUGGAGGCAGCCACUUCAGCAAGGGAAGCCGAAGGCAUUCUGCGGAGGACCUUCGGUCCACUGCUCCGGUACCAUGGGGCCAGGAAAGGUACCAGGGACAGGGCUUUAGUCAGACCCAGUUCCGCCAAGCUGCUCCAUUCUAUGAGCCGAUGGAGCGGACAGGUAAGCCCAGAUUUGUCAUCCGUCCUGGCCUGGUUGACAUGGAUGCCUUGAACAAGAUCGAGGGCGAGAAGAUGGACCAACGCUUCCGCAGAGACCGCAUCAGUGACAAGCGCCGGGAGAAGUACCCCAUACCUUCCCAAGUGGAGUACAACAGGAUGAAUUCAACUGUGCAAGGUGUGUUUCACCGUCAUGUGCACCACCAUGUGCACUACUACAAUGACGAAGAGGAUCAGCAGCGACAGCCUCAACCAGCAGAACCUGCGGAGCUGCCGCCCAAGGCGGAGAUUGAAGGUGAAGCCUCACAGCCUCAGCAGGACCAACCUCUGCAGGAGUUCCAGACGCAGAAAAAGUCCAAGAAGAAGCAACUCUCGAAGAGCUCGGUGCCGAGCAAGUCAGUUCAUGAGAUACUCUGCCCAAUUGGAUUCUUUCCUGGUCCGGUCGGUGCGGCUGGAAGUGGCUUGCGAAAAGCGAGGUCCAAAUCUGAGGGAAAACUUGUUCGAUAG